ACAGCACCCACAUCAUAAGAGCAGGGCUUUGUGUGCAGGCACCCAGAUCCGGCUGUGGGUUGCUGUCACUCAUGCUUUGACCUGAAGAACAGGAACUGAGACACUCCUUCCUCGACCUGCUAGAUGCUGAACUGAGUUCUCACUUGGGAAAAGGGAGUAGAUGCCUGCCUACUGACCUGUUCACCUGUCUUCUAGCAUCGCAGCAUUCACCUGACCAAGCCAAGGAGCUACCAAGGAAUUCACAACGGCUGUUGACAUGCUGCACCGCUAACCUGCUCGAUGCGGUUUUUCACCUUGCCAUUAGCACCUGCCCCGAGGCCACGACAUUACUCCUGUCCCUCUUGCAGGUGGCAUGGAUGCCUUCCACACGGGUGACAUCUUCUGGGUGUUGGCACUUACUGUCCCAGUUCUGGUGGUUCUGCUUGUGCUUUGUAUGGACUGCCGGGACUCUGAAUUAGACACACCAUCUGUUGACGAUUACCAAUACAAGCCCUCAACUAGUGCCCGUACCCAGACCUUCACAUUGCUGAGACGUCCUCCCUCCCCAGCUUGGAAUGCCAUCCAAUCCCAGCCAGAAUUGUGGAGAUAUCCCCCAUAUAGUCUUUCCCAUCACACUGCUGCUUCGUUCCAAGUUGAAGAUGAUAAUGGAAGCAUUCCCAGUUAUGAAAAUCAAGUGCAACCCUGCAUCCCUGAUGAGGAUAAUGAUGACAACUAUGUCCCUCCAUACAUUGCAGCUCUAAAACUGGUCUCCCUUCUCCUCUGCAGUGAAGUCUUGCCAGAUGCUCCACUGACAAAUCAAGGCAAUGAGGAUUGUGCAUCCACAGGUUCAAUAGUGCAGUAUGAGAAUGUGCUGGAGUCUCAGCGGCAUUCACCUGGUGAAUAUGUCAACGUACUAGAUCCAGAGACCACUAUCUUAGAUCCUUGUUUUGUUGGCACCAGCGAUCGGGAAAGCGAAGAUGACACGCCAGACUAUGAGAAUGUUUGCCCUGGACUUUGAGGCUGUGAAAGGGCCAUUUCAAGACAGUGUUCAUUGUUUGCUUGAGUGAUCUUUGCACAGAAUGGAUCUCUGAUUACCUUGUUGGCCUGAGGACACCUUCUCCCUUGUCACCCCAUGGCUUGCCAUAACUUAUUGCCCUCCUUUGCACUUUGGCUGACACAUCCUGAGAAUGUCAAGUGAUACCCUACUUGUUAGCAAGAUUUGGAACCUUGAUUGUCCAUGUGGAUCUAGUCUUUUAACACUGUCCCUCCCCAAAGCAAUCUCAAUGGUUUAUAUCUCUUGGCUAAAUAAA